AUGAAGAUGGAGACAUGUACGGUUGCAAUUCUCUGUCUGGCCUUGAUUGUUCUAAACUUGCAAAGGGCUUCUUGCAAUUUCUCAAAUGGUGGGCUAGGUCCAGGCCCAAGCCCAUCUGUGCAACAAGAGAAGGAUGAAGUGGUUGAGCUUCCUGGGCUGUCCUUCAAUCUCAACGUUGCCCACUAUGCUGGGUUUGUGACCGUUGAUCAUGGGCCAGGUAGGGCCCUCUUCUAUUGGUUCUUUGAAGCCGUUGAGGACCCUUCAUCAAAGCCUCUUGUUCUUUGGCUCAAUGGAGGACCUGGAUGUUCUUCCAUUGGUUUUGGAGUGGCGGAGGAAAUUGGCCCUUUUCACAUUAAGCCAGAUGGGAAGACCCUUUAUCCAAAUCCUUACUCUUGGAAUCAAGCUGCCAAUAUGCUAUUCCUUGACUCCCCAGUUGGGUCGGGCUAUUCCUAUUCAAACAACUCCAAAGAUGGGUUGGACAAUGGAGAUGAAAGGACUGCCAAGGAAGCAUUAGUGUUUCUGGAGAAGUGGUUCGAGCGAUUCCCACAAUAUAAAGGAAGAGAAUUUUAUAUCGUGGGGGAGAGCUAUGCAGGACACUUCGUUCCCCAAUUGGCCCAAGCGAUUGUGCGGUCACAUACAUCGGCAGGUGAAGAUUCAAUUAAUUUGAAGGGAUAUAUGGUGGGAAAUGCUCUGACUGAUGAUUUCCAUGGUCACUUGGGGGUCUUCCAAUAUAUGUGGACUGCCGGUAUGAUAUCAGAUGAAACCUAUAAGCUGCUUAACAUUUUCUGCGUCUUCCAAUCGUUUGAGCACAUCGCUCCCGAGUGUCAGAAGAUAAUUGACAUUGCCACUGAAGAACACGGAGAUAUCGAUGAGUUUAGUGUAUUUGCUCCUACUUGCACAGGCGCUGGUCAUUUGUCGAGCAGGCUACUGAAAAGGCAGCAUUCGGCGGGACGCAUCACUGAAGAAUAUGAUCCUUGUGUUGAGAAGUACACAACUGUUUACUUCAAUUUGCCGGAGGUGCAAAAGGCACUCCACGUCGAUCCAGCAGUUGCACCAUCUAAGUGGGAAGUCUGCAGUGACAUAAUUGAAGAUCAUUGGAAGGACUCUGCCACGUCUGUGCUAGAUAUCUAUCGGGAACUUAUACAUUCCGGGCUCCGCAUUUGGAUGUUCAGUGGAGACGCGGAUGCCGUAAUGCCAGUUCCGUCCACCAGAUAUACUAUUGAGGCUCUCAACCUUACGGCUUUGUCUCCUUGGCAUGCUUGGUACCAUAAAGGACAGGUGGGAGGAUGGACUCAAGAUUAUGACGGUCUUACCUAUGUAACAGUGCGGGGAGCUGGCCAUCAGGUUCCUCGGGAUAAACCAGAAAUGGCACUAAUAAUCAUCAAGGCCUUCCUAUCUGGUAGCCCAAUGCCAACCUUGUCGAAGUUUGCCGAUUCUUGAAUCCAUCAAAAUGCUGUUUUGUAGUGAUUUGAUCUCAUGAAAACAAUGUAGGGAUCCCAUUCCCAACGAUUUCACAAAUCCAUUAGUGUUAUGAUGUUAUCCCCAGGCAUUGAAUCUGGAUCCUUAGCUUAUUUUAUUUUAUUUUAUUUUUU